AUGCAUAACUUUCUUUCUUUCUUUCAACUAUAUGUUAUCAUUUAUCCAAAUAUUUUUUAUUUUCAUUAUUUUCCAUUUUCUUCUUUGCCCCUCUUUCUUUCUCUUCCUUUUUCUCUUCCUUUUUCUCUUCUUCAUUUUCUUUUUCUCUUCUUUCGUUCUCUUCCUUUUUCUCUUCUUUCACUCUCUUUCUUUUUCUAUUCUUUCUUUCUCUUCUUUUUCACUUUCCUUCUCUUCUUUCUUUCUCUUUUUCUCUUAUUUCUUUCUCUUCCUUUUUCUCUUCUUUUCCCCUUCUUUCGUUCUCUUCUUUUUCUCUUCUUUUUUCUCUUCGUUAUCUUUUUCUUUCUCUUCUUUCUUUUUCUUUCUCUUCUUACUUUUUCUUCUUUUUUCUCUUCUUUUUAUCCUCUUUCAUUCGCUUCUUUCUUUCUUUCUUUCUUUCUCUUCUUUCUCUUAUCUUCGAUUUAUGUGCAUCUUUGCUUCUUGAUUUAUAUUAAUUCUUCUCCCCCACCUUUUUUUUUUACAAUUCUUGUCUAUCAAAUCAGUAACAAUAUCUAUUAA